UAUUCAUAUUUGUUGUCCAUCACUCAUUUUCUAUCAACUAUACAAGUGGUGUGAAUUAUUUCCACAUUGGCCGACAAUCUCGAACGACUCUACCCUUUUCGUCAACCCUCUUUGUCUUGCACUUGUUGGUCUGAAUUUGAUUACUUGCAGCAAAACCCAUUUUGAUCUAUCAUAUUGUGUAUUGCUCAAUCUUUCACAAACUCACCCCCAUCUCUUUCUUAUUCCUUUGCUUAUUGCUCUACGAACCAGAUCGAUGGAGGUUGCCAUGGAGGUUGCUGCGGGGGUGUUUCUGGGGCCUAUCUUUGAGAAGCUGCGAGACAUUUUGGUGUCUCUGGUGGUGCCAAACUAUUCCCGUCCAGAGGAAAUCGAUCUCAAUCUUGAGUUGAAGAAGUUGCAGAAAAUGUUGCCUGAGAUUCGUGCUGUUCUCGCCGCCGCAGAGGAGAAGCAGAUGACAGAUGAAAGGGUCAAAUCGUGGAUGGACGAUCUCACGGACUUGGUUUACGAUUUGGAUGAUUUGCUCGACGAUUUCGCUACUGAAUCUUUGCGAAUCGAGGCAGAAUCUGAAGCUAGCAGUAGCACCACUCCUCCUAGUAAGAUGCAAAAACUCAUCUCUACUUGUUUCACACGUUUCACUACUCCUAGUGCUGCUGUUAAGCUUGAUUACAAUAUGAUGUCCAAAGUAAAAGAAAUCAACGACAGAUUAAAAGAUAUUGAAGCUCGCAAGAAUACCCUGAAUUUGAAUGUAGAUGUUGGAGGGAAUAGAUCCAACACAGUGCCAGGAAGACGGGAAACCACUUCUUUGGUAGUCAAAUCUGAUGUCUAUGGUAGAGAAGAAGAUAAAAAUGCUAUUCUUGACGAGUUGUUGAAGGCUGAAACUAGUGAUGAUAACAAAGUGUCUGUCAUUCCUAUUGUGGGUAUGGGAGGGAUCGGUAAGACAACUCUGGCUCGGCUGGUAUAUGAUGAUGAUCGACUAAAGGGUCAUUUUGAUCUCAAGGCAUGGGUCUGUGUUUCUGAUGAUUACGAUGCUGUUAGAGUGACGAAGACAAUCCUUGAGGUGGUGACUUCAAAGUCUCAUGAGUUACAGGCUUUAGAUAUGCUUCAGGUGAAACUGAAGGAGAGCUUGUCAGGCAAAAGAUUUCUUCUUGUUUUGGAUGAUAUUUGGAACGAGAAGUAUGCAGACUGGGAGCUCCUACGACGUCCUUUUAUGUUUGGGGCACCUGGGAGCAAAAUUAUCGUCACAACUCGGCUUGAAAACGUUGCAUCAACCAUGAGUCUGUCUCCAAGUUAUCCUCUAAAAUUGCUGUCCAAAGAUGAAUGUCUAUCCUUAUUUACUCAUCAUGCACUCGAGAAACAAAACUUUGAUGCACAUCCAAAUCUGAAAGGAAUUGGCGAGGAAAUAGUGAGUAAAUGUAAAGGGUUGCCUUUGACAGUCCUAACACUUGCUGGCCUCUUGCGCACUAAGAAACUCCAGAGUGAGUGGGAGAAUAUAUUGAAUAGCAGAAUAUGGGAUUUACCUGAACAAAGAAGUGGUAUUCUUCCUGCUCUUAAGUUGAGCUAUCACCAUCUCCCAUCCCAUUUGAAGCAAUGCUUUGCUUACUGUGCGAUAUUUCCAAAGGACUACGAGUUUGACAAAGACGAGCUAGUUUUGUUGUGGAUGGGGGCAGGUCUUUUGCCGCGGUCAACAGAAAAGAAUCAGAUGGAAGAUUUUGGCAAACAAUAUUUUGAUGAUUUGUUAUCAAGGUCGCUUUUUCAACAAUCAAGUGGUAGUAAGUCACUGUUUGUGAUGCAUGACCUUCUUAAUGAUCUAGCUCUACAUGUUGCCAGAAAUAUAUUCUUUAGGCUGGAUAAGUUUGAGGGUGAUGAGCAAUUUAAAAUUCCUAACCGAGCUCGGCAUUUGUCAUAUAUUCGUCAAAAAUUUGAACAACUCCAAAAGUUCAGGCCUCUAUGUGAAGUUCAGCAUUUGCGAACUCUGUUAGCAUUACCAAUUCAGGCACAUGCUUGGGAUAAUUAUUACUUGGCAAACAAGGUUGUGUUUGAUUUAUUACCAAAGUUACGAUGUUUAAGGGUGCUUUCUUUGUCUGGUUAUUACAUAACUGAGCUACCGGACUCAAUUGGUGAUUUGAAACUGUUGGGAAACGUGCAAAUUUUUAAAACUUUUUGAGGGAUUUGCAAUCAUAGAUCUUGAUUCAUUACAUGGAGACAAGUUUUAUGCAAAGAUAAAUAAAAGAUGAUGCAUAAUUCAAUAAACAGAUUGAAUACUCACAUCAAAGGUCUGAGUAAACCUUUUGAACUUUCCUCUAAAGUGAAUGUUCUCACUUAUUGUAGAUCCCUUUAGCAAGAUCCUUUCUCCUUCUUUUUGAUUAUUAUCUUCCCUUUAGGAAUCACCAAUAUGCCUUGAUGAAUGACCUUGGAAUCUAGGCUGGUGGUAGCCUCCUUUAGAAGAGAAACAAAACCCUA